AUGUUAUCAUCAUUAAGUGAUGAUUUAAUUGGGUAUGAAAUGCUAAUUUUAGUAUUAUCAUCAAUUUUACUAAGCUUUGAUUUUAUUGGAUUAGUAUUGUUAUUAGCAAAUUAUUUUUCUUGUUGUAUAUGCACAGAGAAUAGAUUAUAAGAAAAUCAAAUUCCAGUUGGAGGACAAUCAUGGUUAGGAUUUGGAGGUGUUUUUGGUUGUAUAAUAAGUUUUAUGUUAUAAUUUGCAUUGGGAAUAUUUUAACAAUCUUCUUAAUACUUUAACAGUAAUAGUAAUGACAGAGAUCGCAUAUUAGAAAGACAUGAUGAUAGAGGUGAAGGAAAUGAUAGGGGGGAAGGACAUGAUAGGGGAGAAGAAAAUAGUAGAGGGGAAGGAAAUAGUAGGGAAGUAGAAAAUAAUAGACAAGAAGGAAAUAGUAGCGAAGAAGAAAAUGUUAAUUCAAACAAUCUUUUUAUGCUAGUAAUAUAUACAAUUUCAAAUGUGGCAGUUUUUAUAAUUUUUAUUUUUAUCAUAGUUAAAUUCUGUAGAAAAGCAGGGAAGGGAACAACGACAAAAAAUUUUCACUCCUUUUUAAUCGGAAUAUAAUUUGGUCUAUUUUUAAUCUUUGACUGCUAUAUUAUUGUCAUUUUUAUGAUUUUUUAAUCUCUUUAUAUUGCCUGUAUUCGUUCAGAGAUUUCAACUAAAGUCAAUGAUAUCAGAAUAGUUUCAGGUUAAGAGCUAGAAAUAAUAAAGUGA